UCCCGAGCAUCCUGCAAAGUGUAUUGUAGAAUGCAAGAGUUGGCAUCAUCAACUGCCUUUUGGAGUUUUACCUUCUACAUUUAAUCAAGCCUGGGAAUAUUUUAAUGAUGUUGAGGAUAAAGAAGGAAAUAUUGCUUCUGAAGAAAUUAUAAUUAACGGGAAUGAAACAACUUGUCUUUGGCCAAGUGGAAACUCUGAACCCUAUUAUGGUCAUGUACAGCCUGGGAUUACAUAUGUUCGGGUUUAUCCUCGGAAAGUUGAUACUGCAAUCACUUAUAUGUACAAAGGAUACUCAUUAUAUCUCUUGAUGUGUGAAGUAAAAUUACCAAAUGCAUCAAGUUGUGGUGUCUAUAAUAAGCUUAUUCGGUUAUUAAAUGAUGCCAUCAAUAAUUUUAUUAUAUUUUUUUUAAAAACUGCAAAAAUUAUUACUUAUGACUUAAAACUUCUUUUUAGUAAAAUGAGAUGGGUUGGGCUAUUUGUUUUUGAUGGACAGAUACAGCUUAUAUUAUUACGGUUUAAUUCAGAACAGCUUCGAUUCACUUGGUUGGCACGUGAAGUGAUUAUUCCUACCUCAUUUGAAAAACACGAU